AUGGCGUCCACAACCACCAGCCCAGCUCGAACACCCCUCGCAUCACCCCCCUCUGCACCAUCAACGCCCGUAAAACCAAAGCGCCGACCGCCGAGAUACAAGAACCCCGAGACGGCCGCGCUUCGAACCCGCUGCCGAACCUAUCUCGACGAGACCGACUACUCCUUAUGGAGCUUCACGGACUUCUGGGGCGGCGACGAAGCCGCCCGUGUUUCAUGUCAGGAGAUGUGGCAUCGAGAACUUCUCCGCAUCAUCAAUGCAGACAAAGAUCCACAGCGCGCUAAGGCUGCCGUGGUAGCGAGGAAUAAGUACAAGCAAGCCGCAAAACCUAAGGCCAAGACGCAAAAGCAUAGCGGAAAAUCCGGCAUACCUGACCCACCACAGCCACAACUACCACCACCAGCAUACGAGCCGUCAUCACCAGAUAUAAGGAGUCCUAACUCCAAGCCUCUGAGCCUUCACGAGCAAAAACACGAAUCACUAUCAGCAGACCGCAGGUGGAAUCUCCCUACGGGCCGAUCCGUAGAGGAUGUCCUCUUUUCGUGGGUGGUAUCGCAGUCGGAUGAGGCUAGACGGGUUGGACAGGUUCCACGAGAGUCGUACGCACAUUCGUACAUAUUAGAUGUGGAGGACCCAAAUAUCAAGCGUUUGUUCGACGAUGAGGAAUGGGGCAUCAUUGUUUCCCGGCUUCUACCGUUGCCCGCAGUCGAUGAUUCUUUAAGAUCGUUCAUGUACAAGUUUGCCGAUGCCAAAAAUACGUCUGAGCUUCGUCAUCUGCUUAUCUCUACACCUUACAUAUCCCCAGACAAGACUUACUCGCUCGAGAAGCACGGCGACCAAGCAUGGGUGCAUUCGGCUUUGUCCUCUCUCGUCAUUCUUUACGAGCAUAGUCUUGUGUCGGGCAACGAUAACCUAGAAGCAUGGUUCCAGAUCAACGUCUGGGGCCCUAUUUUCGACCGUUGCUUCCAGCACAUCCCCAACAUCUCUGUUAAACGCACCGAGUCCCAAUCGCUCUCAAAUACAACCCGCAAGAACCCCCACCCCCCAACCACAACUCGUAAAUGCAUUGGCAAUCGAUAUGACGGCCUCAUUACACACAACCGUCUCGAAUAUGGCGCAGUAGAGGAUAGCAAGGACUAUGAAUACAAGAAAUGGGCAUCUGAUUCGCUCAAGCUAGUUAAAGUCUUGCACGAUCAACUGCGGGGCCUAGAGACAGAAGUGCGACAUGUGACAACGGCACUAGAGGGGUUUCGGUGCGUGGGUUUUUUGACGGCAGGGCUCGAGUGUCGUGGACUGUUCAUGCAGUAUGGUGGCGGGCACGUGUGUCUACUCAGUCGCAGCGAGGGAUACAAAGUCCCUGAAGCUAUUUCACCGGUAUCCAAGCUUAUUGCGGUACUGGUUGGAGUGUGGCAGAUGAGAGAGGUCGUAAGAGCGUCUGUUGGGAACCUAGAGGAUUUCUUGGCGAACACAGAGAUGCAGUUCAAGGUUGCACUGGGACAGAUGGCCAGGCUGCCGGCUAUAUUGCCGGUAUGCAUGGAUACGGAUGCGGAUUUUUGA